AAGAAGCCACCAGUCGCUCGAGCGGCGAAACUUUCUAGCACCAGGACCCCCAUCCCGGCCAGAACCGCUGCAGGUGCGCUCAGGCUGGGGGUGAAGGCGCCCUGGGGCUGGGAGCCCUGGUGAAGGGACCCGGGCGGCCCCCUGGAGAAGAAGCAGGGAUUGCCCUGGGAGGAGGCUGCGGACGGUCCCGUGAGGAGUGACGCCGCAGCGGGGAGCUCCUGCCUCCGGGGAGCAGCGAGUCUGCGGGGCUUGGGGAGGCCUAGGGGCCCCCCGCGUCUCUCCCGAGGGCGCUGGGUCCGCAGGGGGCCGGGCCGUGCAGCCCCCAUGGAGAAGUCCAAGAACUUUCGGAUCGACGCCCUCUUGGCUGAGGAGCCCCCCCGGCCCGUUCCGAGCGCCUCCCCGCAGGGGCUGAGCCCCGAGAGCUCGGCGGGGAGCCCCGGCUCCUGUGCCCGCACAGAGACGCCGUCUCCCCGUGCGCCCCAGGGCACGGCCCCCCUGCCUGCCCCGGGAUUCAUCCCCAAGCCCGGCUUGUUGCAUCUGCCCCCUCCCGGACUGAGCGCCCUGCCGGCCAUGUACCCGUCCCCCCUGUACUCGAUCGGGGCCCUGGGGGGCCAGCACCCUGCUUUCCCUUAUCCCGGCUUCGCCCACCUGCCUCAGCCCGGCCCGGAGCACCUGAAGGCCGCGGCAGUGGCUGGAUCGUUCCCGCUGGAGCACUGGAUCCGCGCUGGAAUGAUGGUCCCCCGGCUCUCAGACUUCCACGCCACUCCGCAGUCCGGCCUGAUGGGCAAAUGCCGCCGGCCCCGCACGGCCUUCACCAGCCAGCAGCUGCUGGAGCUCGAGAACCAGUUCAAGCUCAACAAGUACCUGUCCCGGCCUAAGCGCUUCGAGGUGGCCACGUCGCUGAUGCUGACCGAGACCCAGGUGAAGAUCUGGUUCCAGAACCGCAGGAUGAAGUGGAAACGCAGCCGGAAAGCCAAAGAGCAGGUGGCCCAAGCCGAGGCCGAGAAGCAAAGAGGGGUCAGCAAAGCUGCCGAGAAGCUGCUGCCCAGCGAGCCGCAGCGGCAGGAGGAGGGCCCUGGAUUUAACAGGCACGGUGCGAGCGUGGAGAUCCUGCACCGCCGUGCCGCAGAGCUCGGCUACAGCCCGGGCUCCUCGUGCUCCGGGGAGGAAGAGGAGCGCUUCAGCUCCACAGACAGGAAGAUCGGCUCAGCGUUAUGAAAGGCAGCCCCGGGUGAUCACCCCACGAAACAGAGCAGGGAGAGCAGCCCGGAGCCGGGGCCGGGGCCAGCCAGAUGGAGCCGGCUCUGGGGCCACCUCCACUGCUAGCAGACUGAGAGACCCAACCCAGGCCGCGGCACUGGGGAGACUCUGCGGCACCUGCCCGUCUCCUUUAAUUUAUGUGUGUUUGGAUUCUAUUUAACUCGUAAUUAUUCUGUCAGUGUGUACUGGGGGGCUGGGGGCAGGGGGGGGCUGGACUGAGACCCCUCCCCCGUGCUUCCCCCAUAAAGAUGUUUGCUACAGUGUAUCAGCAAGCUGGUGCUUUUCCUUGCAAGGGGGCCAAGACCAAUAAAUACGGGGUAUGGCCCCUCCUUUCCCCCCACCACGAGCGGCUCUGCUGAGAGCUGGGGGUAUGGGUCUCACAGACGAGGGUGCAAGGGCAGGCCUGGAGGGGGCAGCGCUGGACA